CAGAUUAAUAGAAUCCCCUCACUAGCCAGCUUGUUAAAUAGAAGAAAAACUGCAUAACAUCUCGUUAAAUGUUGUACAUUAUUGUGCAACCUGUUCUAUUUGGUACCAACUCGAAAUAUUCCUAACACAUGGACAAAUUUACUGAGAGAUGAAAGGAAGAAAUUGUUUUGAUUGUUAUUCUGUUAGUGGGUUGGGUUAUCUGAGCUAGCUGCUUGCUACCAAAACGUUAGCGGCCACUAUUGCCUGCCUAGGCUACGAAAACGUUAGCUCCUUGCUAAACAACGAAUCGAGCGCUGGCAAAUCCAAAGUUCUUUGUUUCAACAAACUGCACCUUGAAGAGAAAAAUAUUAUCAAACUCAACGAGAUUCUGGCUGCAGGAUAGCUACAACUACCUACUCAGCUAUUCUUAUAGUAAGCUCACUGGAUGGAAAGCUUGGGCACGCUUCCUUCCUGUAAGUGUUCACUUCUCCAUUCUUUAGCUGGCGCAAAUGGUGGACCCACUUCCCGUCACGGAUAGCUCUUAUAAAAAACAUGAGAACAUAUGAAAGCUGGUGGUUCCGUUCAACAUGAGUCUUUAAUAUUCCCAGUCAUUGGCAGCAGAGAACUGGAAGGAAAGCCAGUCAAAGGAGGACUUGGCUUUGGGGGUGAUCAGUGAAAUAUGCCUGCUGGAGCGCGUGCUACAGUGCAAUUCUAAGGGGAUUGGGUCUUGAUGGAAAGCUGACAGCUGACCGGAUUGCCAAAAAGUUGGAAAAUCUGAAGACCAAAUACAAGGACUUACAAUACAUUUUUCUUGGCAAGGACCCUGUUGCUACCAGCAUAGCCUCCUGGCCCUGGUUCCAAUUUAUGGGCGAGGCCAUGGAAGGACGCCUUUUCAACAGCGCCCAAGUUUUGGCAGUGGCAUCUUUGGCUGGUGAGGCUCCAGGUUCUUCCUCACCAUUAACCAACGAGAGAGGACAGGGGGGUGACGGUGCUGACAUUUUGGAGUUCUUGAUCAAAACUGAGAUGGAGGACAGUGUGGGGACAGAGAACUUGGAGGACAAUGCAACUGUUAACACUGAUGCAACUCAGACUGAGGGCCCUACUACUAUGGGCUGGCGAAGAAUUUCAGAAUGCUCGUAUAAAAUGACAGAGCAGGAGACGGAGAGAAUGAUAAAGCUGCGUGCCGUGAAUGAGGCUCUCUUCACAGGCAGAAAACAUACUGCCAAGCCUGCCUGGAGAGCUAUUUUGAAUGAGUUGGGCCUUCAGGGAAAGCUGACUACUGACCAGCUUGCCAAAAAGUGGGAUAACCUCAAGAGGCGAUAUAAGGAGUUGAAAUGUCCAGCCCGCAGCAUGGAGAGCAACCCAAAUUCCUGGCCCUGGUUCUACCGCAUGAAUGAUGCCAUGGAGGGACGAUUCGCCGGCUGCGCCCCCAUCCUGACGCCAGUAGUAGAGGAGGGUGAUGAGGAGUUUGAGCCCUCUCCACUACCAAGGAAGAGGGCUCGUCGGACGCCAGGGAAGGGGGGGAUGUCUGAGUUCUUGACAGAGUCUGAGAUGGAUGAGCUGGUGGAAACGGAGGAGAGGAAUGGAGCAGCAGUCUUCCAAGGGGCCACCAUAGGGGAGUAUCACACGGCCACAGAAUUCUCAUAUAAGCUGACUGAGGAGGACACCAAGAGAUUGAUAGAGUUGCGUGCUUCCAAUGAGGCUCUUUUCACGGGGAAGAGAAAUACGGCCAAGCCUGCCUGGAGGGCUAUAGUAAAAGAGAUGGGCCUCGCAGGAAAGUUGUCUGCUGACCAGGUUGCCAAAAAGUGGGACAACCUGAAGACAAAAUUCAAGGACUUGAAGUAUCCGCCGCGUGGCAUGGAGAACCAGAGCACCCCUGCCUCCUGGCCUUGGUUCCAACUCAUGAAUGAUGCCUUCGAGGGCCGACUGGCCGCGAGAGCCCCCAAAAUAACUCCCAUAUGGAUGAAUGAGGAAGACUACUUGUUUGUAUCCUCGCCGAUGCCUACAGAGAGAGACCCGUGUCCCAUGCCAGAAAGGAGUGAGAUUUCUGAUCUGGAAGAGGGAAUGAGACCAGAGGGGACAGAGGUGGAUGGAACGGUUACGUUCUUAGACACCAGUGGAGAGGAGUGCCCCACACCUGUUGAAUUCUCCUAUAAAAUGACAGAGCAGGAUACGAGGAGUCUGAUUAAGUUGCGUGCGGCCAAUGAGGUUCUCUUCACUGGGAGGCGAAAUGCUGCCAAGGCUGCAUGGAAGGCCAUUUUAAAAGAGUUGGUUCUCCUGGGAAAGGUGUCAACUUACCAGGUGGCCAAAAAGUGGGACAACUUAAAAAGAAGAUAUAAGGACCUGAAGUACCCACCUGUGGGCAUGGAGAGCAUAGCAGACAACGCUGCUUCCUGGCCAUGGUUCUACCUCAUGAAUGAGGCCAUGGAGGGCCGCCUCGCCGCCAGCGGACCUGUCUUGACCCCCAUAACGGAGGGUGAUGACCCCGAGCCUUCCCCUUCACAGUCCUCUCGAAAUAGAGGAUGCCCAUUGCUGGAAAAGGGUGACAUCACACUGGAGUACCAACAAGAGAUUUAUGUGCACCCCACCAUAGAGGAGUGCCACCGGGCCACAGCGGAGUGUGAGAGUGCACUGAGAGAGGAGAGGUUGGGUAGGGGACCAGCAGGGGGCACUGCUGCUCAGAAGUCAGUGACACUGGAGAGAGGGUGGGAGAUGGUGGAGAGGGAGAGGGCAGCAUUAGAGGGGGAUAGAGCGGCGGUAGACCGAGAGCGGCAGUGGCUGGAGAGCGAGAGAGCCAACUUGGCAAGAGACAGGAUGCUGUUGGAACAGGACAUGGCGGCACUUGGUAGAGAGAGAGAGGCCUUUGAGAGCCAGAGGGCAGCAGUGAUGAUGCACAGUGCUACAGGGGUGCACACCGGACACGUAAACCACUGUGGGAUGGGGAUGUAGACCUAUAGUAUUAACUGCCUUGGAAGCCAAGGACUGUUCAAGAGCCUUCAAGUUAAUUAGAGGAGUCUUUUCAGCAUGCUUUCACCUUAUUGGCUCGAGAUUAAUAAAUGUUUUACAUUCACAAGAGAACGCGCUGUCUUUGAUUUGUGAUUGAUACAUUCAAAACAUCUAAACGUAAUGGUCUAUUAAACUAACCAGUGACAGAGACUUCAAUCUGUAAAAUGGUGGACUUGUUUUAAAUGUCAUUUGAGAAUUUCUCUUUCUUUUGACAGAACAGGCUAAUGAUGUCAUGUAAUCCUUAGUGUUUGUGGUGUGACUCAUUAUCUCAAUGGCCUCAUCCUGUCUUUUCAGUCUCGGUUGCAAUUAUAUUGUAAUAUAAGACAAAAUUAGCACUAUAAGUGAGAGAACUGAAUUUGUUAUGGAAGUGUUAACUUUUUAUGUACUGACUACUUUUCUCUAAUGUGAAAUUUGUUUCCAUUUUCAAACAAUGAAUAUCCUAUAAAUUACUGCCAAAAAAGUAUGGAGGUGAAAUAUUGUUUGAGAAAUCAAAUCACAGUAUGACCAAAGCUCAAGUGAGAAAUGUGGUGGAAUAUAUUUUUUGAGGAAAUGGUACCCGCUCAACAAUUGUGUAUAGCCUACAAUAAAAAGGAUCAUACUCUGCU